ACCAGCAAAGGAUGUUUUUUCUCUUGAUGACAUUAAACCUAUAAACUAUCCUGAUAAUUAUACAUUAAAUCAAUUAUUUUUGCUUACUAGACAUGGAUCGAGGUUUCCGAUGGGAGACCAGAUUCGAGCUUUUGAUAAAAUUGAUAAAGCAUUUGCAAAUGUUUCCGUAGCAAAAGAUUGGCCUAAAAAUCCUUUCCCCAUGGAAAAAAAUUCUCGAUUAAUUACAAGAGGUAAACUCGAAUCUUAUUACAGUGGAUUACAAUCUCUUAAAAGAUACGAAAAAUUUUGGAAAAGUGUCGAAUAUGAUGUUGAUGUUGUAAAAUUUCAGACUUCUAAUAUGUUUUGUCCUGAAGUUACAUCUGAUAGAAAAUGGGCUCAUUUAGAAGCCUUAAGAAUUGUGAUGGCUGAAACUGAGGUCAGUCAAUCGGCCAUGUCUUUUUCAGAAGGACUAUUUGAUGGAACUGGCCCCGUAGGCGCAUGUAAAAAUGAGCCAGUAUACAUUUGGUCUUUGCCACCGGGUCAUGAUUAUAUUUUACGAAUGUAUUAUUCUUGUCUACGUUGGAACCAGACAGUUUCAAAUAAUAAACUUUAUUUAGAUCAAUCUUAUUCUUAUGGUAAUAAGACUUUAGCAUCAAUAGCAGAAAGAAUAUCCAAAAAAUACAAUAUCAGUCCACCUCUUGAUCCGAUUUCAAUAGCAGAUAUGUAUUAUUAUUGUGAGUUCUGGGUCCUUUUCUUUAAUCGAACUGACACUUGGUGUGGAUUGUUAAGUGAGGAUGAUCUUAUAUUUGCUCGAUAUUAUUGGAAUAUAAUGGACUAUUUUCUAUAUUCAUAUGGGAAUCCUCUUAAUGAGCAAUUGGGUUGUGCCUACAUUACACAAUUUGUAAAUAGCGUUGAGGAUUACUUAAACGGGAAAUCUCGGAUGGUAGCUGACCUGAAAUUUGGUCAUUCAUAUACUGAGUUUAUCGUACUUACUACGUUGGGUGUAUUUAAAAAUGAAUAUCCACUUACAGCAGAUUUAACUCUUGAACAAAUGAAAAGCUUAAAGUAUAUAACACAAAAAGUUUCAUAUUGGGCUUCUACUAUAUACUUUGAAAUUUAUACUUCUCCAGGUAAAGAUGCAUUAAUGCGACUUGUAGUUAAUUUUGAACCAUAUAUAAUUCCGGGUUGUGAUGGUGAAUAUUGUAAAUGGAGUAAAUUUAAGGAUAUUUUAAGUGGUAAGAUUAAUUGUGCUGUUGAUAAGUUGUGUGCUUACCCCUAG